UCACCCGCCUCCCGGACUCCCUCUGCACAGUUAGGGACCAAUUUCUCGCCCUCGACCCCAUUGAGCUCAUGCUUGCCUCGCUGGAGAAGUACCUCCUCGAGGCAGAGACCAGUACUGUCGCUGUUGCUGCCUCUCAUGGCACUCCCUGCUCCCCCUUUUUUGAAGGGUGUGCUCCCUCCCCUCUCAUUCCCUCUGUUGCCACUGCUGCUGCUGUCGACCUCCUUGGUGCUGAGGAAGUUAGCGGUGCGUCUGCCCCCAGUGAGAGGCGCGGCAGCGGCAAGGGCAAGGGGGGUAAGGGAGGUGGGGGUGGCGCUAGCGGUGGUGGUACCGGGGGUGGUGGUGGCGGGGGUGGAGGCGCUGGAGGUUGCACCGGAGAUGGAGGCGUUGGAGGUGGCAGGGGUGGUGGAGGUGGCCGGGAUGGUGGAGGCGGCGGGGGUGGUGGAGGCGGUCGGGGUGGAGCCGGCAGGGGUGGAGGCGGUGGGGGUGGUGGAGGCGGUCGGGGUGGAGCCGGCAAGGGUGGAGGCUAUGGGUCUCAGAUCGUGGCGGCGGAGGCUAUGGGAGUGGUCCGCAGCUGCCACGCCUCCUGGACAACCCCACCCCUCAGCAGCUUCGUGAGUGGGUUGUUCAGCGUGGUUCCCCUUGGGGCUCUGCUCGAUGCUCCUAUGUCAGGCGCACGGGCCUCCAGAAGGGGUGAGACCUGCGGGAAGACUGGGCACACAGAGUACCGCUGCUUCGGCCGUCUCGAGGAUGCCAGGGUGGCAGAGUAUGGUGAUGAGCAGGCUGUCCCCAACUGGCUGGGAUUGAUAGAAAAAAGAGUAGAUGUGUUUGCUCUUAACUUUGCUGCUAUAAAAAAGGGACUCUAUGCUAUGUAUGUGGAUGCUAUUAUUGGUGAGGGUGCCUGUUACUCGUGUGUGCCUUGCGCUGCUAGUGAGUCUGCUGCCGCAAUAGGUGCUAGUGAGUCUGCAGCCGAUCUAGGUGCUAGUGCGUUUGCUGCCACAGGUGCUAGUGCGUCUGCUGCCACAGGUGCUAGUGAGUCUGCUCCCUCAGCCGAGGCCCCGCACACUUUCACACUUGACUCUGGUGCGUCUCGUUGCUUCUUUCGUGAUUGCACCUCAGUCACACCGCUUGCUGCACCAGUCCCGGUCUCACCGGCUGACCCCUCUGGGGGGCCCCGUCGUUGCACGAGCUUCCACUGUCCUCCCUUGUCCAGCAGUCCCCUUCGGCGCUCUUUCAAGUCUCCACCUCUCCUCGUUCUCGACGAAAUUGCUCGCUGCGUCGUGCUCGUGUCGGGUACUCUCCCACCAGACUCUCCUCUGGCACCACCACUUCGGACACCCCUCUCUGCCGCGUCUACGCAGCAUGCACUCUCGUCUCCUUGUCUCUGGCCUUCCCAGGUCCCUGCCCCCCCUCCCACGCUCGCUUGCCCCGCCGUGCCUGCCCUACGUCUAGGGGUGGCAGCGCGCUGCUCCUCACUCCUCAUUUCCUCCGACCACUGCUCCUCUGCAGACUCUCCACAUGGACGUGUGGGGCCCGGCCCCCAUCCAUGGGACGGACCAGGAGCGCUACUUCCUACUGGUUGUUGA